AUGAAAAGAAAGGACAUAGAUGAAACCAAACAAGAUAUUUUCCAUUGGUUUUCUUUUCCUUCUCUAUCAAUUGGAUCAGAAAAUGAGCUAAUGAUGGAAAGUUUUUCUGAUGCAUUCAUAUCACCAGAAACUUCUGAAUCAAACUUUUUUGGUUUGUCAGAAUACCAUUUUGGGUAUAAUGCACAAACUUCAGAAUCUGAUAUAAAUGAGACAGUUUCAGCCACAACUUCAGAUACCAAUUCAACAAUACUUGAUUUGGAUAUCUUGCUACAUAGAGGGAAUUUUGACACUGGUUUCCCUUUCAACACACCUGAAUAA